CUUCUGUCUCAGCUGUGAGACAUGUCACAGGAUCUCUGUAUGUCAUUUCUGACAUGUUGUGCUUCACCUAAUGGAAUGGCUUCAUGUCUCCAUGGACAAGCCUCUCAAGCACUUUCUGGUGUUCCUCGGGAACAUAUAAAAACCAUGUUUGGGAGGCCAAGGAGAAACAAAACAUUGACAACAUGCAUCCAAACUCAGGCACAGGCCUUUAAAGUCAUUAGAAAUAUCAGUCACCUUUUCUAUUUUAGGCAUGGUUGUAAAGAUGACAGAGUUAGUGUCCUCUUGGCGGUGCUGGAUCCUUACCAAGGGCAAAUGGCAACAAAACUUGGAGGGCACAGAACCUGGCUGAGGACAAGGCUUAAGUCUUCUCUCUCACGGGAUCACAGAUUGUAGCAAUGGAACAGGUCUCAGAAGCAGUUGGCAAGUUUACAAUUGAUCUUUUCAACAAGCUGAAUGAGACCAAUAAGGACAAAAACAUUUUCUUUUCCCCCUGGAGUAUAUCAUCUGCUCUGGCCCUGACAUUCCUGGGUGCAAAAGGCAAUACAGCAAGAGAGAUAGCAGAGGUUCUUCAUUUCACUAAAGCUGCGGGAGCUGAUGGGUCAUCUUCUGUGGCCAGACCUUCUCGGGGGAGACCAAAAAGAAGAAGAAUGGAUCCUGAGCAUGAGCAAGCUGAAAAUAUCCACUCUGGCUUCAAAGAGCUCCUGGCUGCCAUGAAUAAACCCAGAAACACCUACUCACUGAGAAGUGCCAACCGUGUCUAUGUGGAAAAAACCUACCCAUUGCUGCCUACAUACAUACAGCUCAGCAAGAAGUACUACAAGGCAGAGCCACAAAAGGUUAACUUUAAAACAGCAUCAGAACAAUCCAGGAAGGAAAUCAACACCUGGGUGGAAAAGGAAACUGAGGGUAAAAUCAAGAAUUUGCUGAGUUCACAAGAUGUGACAAGCUACACCAAGCUGAUCCUGGUAAAUGCCAUCUACUUCAAGGCAGAAUGGGAAGAGAAAUUUAACGCGCAAACAACGAAUACGCAACCCUUCCGACUGAGCAAGAACAAGUCUAAGCCUGUGAAGAUGAUGCAUAUGAAACACGUAUUUCCAGUUCUUAUCAUGGAAACAAUGAACUUCAAAAUGAUUGAGCUACCGUAUGUGAAACAUGAACUCAGUAUGUUCAUCCUACUUCCCGAUGACAUCAAAGAUGGUACUACAGGUCUUGAACAGCUAGAAAGAGAACUGACAUAUGAGAAGCUGUCUGAAUGGGCUGAUUCAAAGAAGAUGACAAAAACUCUUGUGGAUCUGCACCUGCCUAAGUUCAAACUGGAGGAAAAAUACAACCUCAGUGAUAAUCUGAUCAGUAUGGGAAUCCGCAUUGCCUUCACCAACAACGCUGAUUUCAGCGGAAUGGGUGAUAAGAAGGAUUUGGCUAUCUCCAGAGUUAUUCACCAGUCUUUUGUUGCAGUUGAUGAGGAAGGCACUGAGGCAGCUGCUGCUACUGCUGUAGUUAUCAUACACACAACUGCAAUUAUCAACCAUGCUCUGACAUUCAGGGCUGAUCACCCUUUCCACUUCUUCAUCAGACACAACAAAUCCAAGAGCAUCCUCUUUUUUGGCAGAUUCUGCUCCCCGUAGAAUGAGUUAUUCCUUGCUCCCAGACAUCAUCUAAAGUUCACUUAUCAAAAGAAACAUGUGAACUGCAGCAUUCAAAGCUCAGCCUUAAGCCAUAUAGCCAUAGGUACUGAAAGUAUAUAUCCUUUUUCUUUCCACACACCCCCAAGUAAGGCAGCACCCAGAGACCACCCUGUGCCUCAAAGAUUGUCAUUCUGCAGUUGCUUUCCAUUGUGCUAAUGAGAGAGCUUUUCACAGAAAGCAGAACGCUGAAUUUUGCUCCCUUGCAUCAAACCUGCUUUUCUGGCUUUGUUGUUCAAGAGUAAGGAGGAGUCAUAAAGGCUUUUUGCACGCAGCCCAUCAUCUAGCCCCAUGCCUGGUGCUGACUUCAAGGGAAAUGCAGCCUAUACUUUUAGACCUCUCAGAGAGGAAAAAAUUCCAUAAGGAAGA